AACAACAUUCCUGGUUAGACAACCACUUCAUCAUACACACUCCCUUUUUACAAGACAUUUAACUUGUCGUCAAACUACAUUCAAAAUGUUUGCUACCUUCACUGCCCUCCUUGCUGCCUCCGCCGCCUCCGUCUCGGCCGUUGCCAUCCGUGGUAACAGCGGAAGCGCCAGUAUCACUCCUCACGAGCAGUACUCGUCCUCCAUUGGUGUUUUGGGCUGCAAGGUCAACACCAACCGCAUUGCUUACUGGCCCAUGGGCGUCGACUGCAACAACAUCUGCGUCAAGGUCACCAACGGCGACCGCAGCCUCCACCUCCUCAAGAUCGACCAGUCCGGCGGCGCCCACGACAUCUCAUACGAUGCCUGGAACUACCUUGGCUUCGGCGAGAGCGCCAGCUCCAGCCCCCACACCGGUGGCGGUAUCAACAUGAACUACGAGUUUGUUGAUGCCAGCGAGUGCAGCAGCCUUCUGCACGACGGAAAGCUUCCUCUGUCUGCCUCCAACAGCAUGGACUACGUUGCUAGCUGCAUCAGCGAGCCCAACAGCUGGGUUGCCAAGAACUACCAGCUGAUCAACAUGGCCGAUCCCCUCUGCAAGUACGGAUACAACGAGGUCUGCUCCCUUGAUCUUCAGAAGAGCAACCAGCCUACCUGCCCUCACACUCUUGGAGCUCAGCACACUCCCACCGGCGAGUCUGUUACCAACAUUGUUUACGGCACCGGCAAGGCUCAGUCUGCUUAAAUUGAGCGGUGGAGGAUUUAGUUUUGGGGUAUAGAUAAGUCCAUUAUGAAUCUGGCGAUAUUUAGUUGCUCUUACACCAACGUUUGAUGUGACUGAAAGCAGUUUAGCUCUUUUGAGUCGAAUGCUG